ACGUACUUUCCUUAUCCUCCUUAAUUCAGCAUAACAAUUAUACGUAAGAAUUCACAACUUCAUCCACAUACAAGCAACAUGAUCAAGCUCUGGUCCGUCAAGAAGAACGAAGAGGCUGCUGCAAAGAAGAGACCCAAGGUCACUGCCGCUCAGCUCCGAAUCCAAAAAGACCUGACUGAACUCGACCUUCCCUCUACAAUGAAAACUGUCUUCCCAGACCCCAACGACGUCCUCAAUUUUAAACUCACUAUUACUCCUGACGAAGGCAUCUACAAGGGCGGUGUCUUCACUUUUUCCUUUGUGAUCAACCCCAAUUACCCUCAUGAGCCGCCCAAGGUCAAGUGCUUGGAGAAGAUUUACCACCCUAAUCUGGAUCUGGAGGGGAACGUCUGCUUGAACAUUUUGAGGGAAGACUGGAAACCAGUCUUGACACUUUCUAGUGUGAUGAUCGGUAUCCAGUACCUUUUUCUUGAACCUAACCCUGAUGACCCCCUGAACAAGGACGCCGCCGAAGAUUUCAGACGGAACCGAGAGAGUUUUAUUCACAAUGUCAAGACUGCUAUGCGAGGUGGCUCUAUCAGAGGAGAAUCGUUUGACCGUGUCCUUCCUUGAGGCGGUUGUCGGGCGAAGCGACGACAAGUUUUCAAGUGCGGAGGGCAGAUAGCAGACGAACAGUGUAGUGUGUCACGUCGGUCGAAGCAAAUAAUAAUAUAAGAAUGAUAGAUCGGUUUGUAGAUUAUUGAAUGCAGUCAUGAAUGUACCAUGUCGUCUAUGCU